AUCCUUUGGGCAUUUGCAGGUUUCUCCAAUGGCAUUACAUCGGCCGUUUUUAUCGCCACUUCCCUCUCUUCAACCUCCAAAGCCCUCCAAAACAUUCAGAAUAAGCUUUCCUUCUCAGACCCAUCGCCCCUUUUGCUGUUCUAAACCAAUUUCUCAAUCGGAAUCUUCUACUUCUCCUUCAACUGGAGUUUUCAUCAAAGGAUUGCCUCUGUCAACAGCUGAAGGACGUCUCAAGAAAGCGUUUUCAGAAUUUGGGGAGGUUAAGCAUGUCAAUGUUGUGAGGGAAAAAAUAUCCAAGCAGUCUUUGGGAUCCGCUUUUGUUUGGUUCGAUAAGGAAGAGUCCGCGCAGCUAGCCGUGAACGAGAUGAAUGGGAAGUUUUUUGAUGGCAGGUUCGUUUUAGUUAAAAUCGCGAUACCCGGAUUGUCCAAAAAUCGGGGGAGAACAACACCAUACAAGUUCUAAUUUCCCAGAAACGUUUGAAGCCUAUACGAUAGUAGAAUGGAUUUCAUUUAUCGGCAGGUACGCUAUACUAUCGACAAGUAAAAACUAAAUCGAGUUCUUGGGGGUGGUAUUCUGCUGUCUUUACCAUAAUGAACAUUUGUUACUACUGUUGUAUGAUCUUCAUAGAAUGAAAGUUUGAAAUGAACAGAUUAAACAAAUACAAAUAGAUUAGGGUAUGCUCGAUUUAUUUCGAGUUUUAGGAUUCGAGUAUUGUAAACGGAAAAAGAAUCCGGGUAACGUGACCCGAAAGCAAUGAGAGUUAAAAUGUUAGUUUAUUUUUA